UAAAGAAAAAUAAAAAAAGUGUAGUGUACUAUCUUCAUGAUGUUGAAUUGCUUAUUUCAUCUUCAUCUUCUUCUUCUUCUUCAUCUAAGUUUACUUCUAUUAACGGUAGAUUCCUCCAUACAAAACAGUACUGAUGUCAAACAACAAUCUAUAAUCAGUAAAUUGAAAGAAAAUAAUGAUAAUAUUCAAAACAUAAUAAAAGAAUUUGGAAAUGCUGAAAAACAAAUCGAGAAGUUAACAGAUCAAUUGAAGAAGACUGCAGAUGUAUAUAAACAAGUCAAUGAAUAUGUGAAGUGUUCAAAUGAACAGUUAGAAGCCAAAAAUGAAUUAAAACUUAUGGAAGAAUUUGUAAAAACGAUAGAAUCUCUAGAGGAUACGUAUCAAAUACAUCUGAAUAGAUCGAAGACAUUUAAAGACUGUUUUAACAAUCAAUCAUCGGCUAUUAAACAUAAUGUUGUAAAUUUUGGAGAUAGUGGUUCUUUAAAUAGUUUAAUUGAUUCAAGGGUCUCUAAUAUUUAUUGGAUGAACAUUGUUUUAUUUGAAAGCAAAUAUCUAACAGAAAUUGCCAAGGAAAUUUCAGAUCAAUCUAAAACACUUAAGACUGAAACAGAAAAACCGGAAGAUCAGUUGAAUAUAUCAACGACAACAACAACAACAACACUCACUCCAUCGACUAUAACCAAACAAAUAUUAAUACAAAAUGUAAAACCUACAAACAAAGUUAUCAAUGGUAAUGUUUCAAAUACAAACCAAAUUAAUGAAGUAAAUACAGUAAAGAAUGAAACAAUCAAAAAUUAUACACAGUCUUCACUCUCUGAAAAUUCAUCAUUUGAAGGUUAUAUCUAUCUAAUCUAUUUGCUUAUUAGUAUAGUAUUAGCAAUAUUUAUUAUUGGAGCAGUCUAUUUCUUGUGUACAAAGUCAAAGACUAUUUCUUCUUGAUCAAAUGUUAAUUCAUAUUGACUAAUCGAAUUGUUUUAUUCAACUUUAUUCAUUAAAAUAAAGUUGUUACUAUGGAA